AUGGCAGCUCACCAAAACUUGGCCUCGAAGAUCUUCUGUUUAUGCUGCAGGAACUGUGAGGAGCCCCAUGACAUCAACGUCUCCAAGGUUCCCAGUCAAACCCAAGAGCAUCAGCCAUCACCCUGCAAUUUGAAGCUUCAAAAGGAUGAGCUGAACAGACAAAGUCCCAAGCACACCAAAGCAACUUCUUCCUUGCCUGCGGGAGAACCCCUGAUCCAUCCAGAGAAGAGGGGCUCUACCAGCAGCAGUGAGUUUGAGGAUCUGAAUGAUCAAGCUUCCCAGACAGGUUUUCACAAGAGAAACCUAAACCGCUACUCCCAGAAUCAGUGGCCGUUCCAGCCGUGCCUCAUUGGGAGGCCCUGA